AUGGUGGAGAUCGAAGAGGAGAUGAUCGAGUGCGAGUGCUGCGGAAUGUCCGAAGAGUGCACCCCCAAGUACAUCAGCCGUGUUAAGGCAUUCUUCUGCGGGAAAUGGGUCUGCGGCCUCUGCUCCGAGGCGGUGAAAGAGCAAGUAAGGAAGAACCCCGCGGCCUCUCUGCAGGAGGCGCUGGAGUCCCACAUGGCUCUCUGCAUGAAGUUCCACAGGACAAUCAGAGCCAACCCCAAGCUCUCCUUUGCUAGUUCCAUGAGGGACAUCGCCAAGAGGAGCUCGCAGAGAAGGACGUCGAACAGCUUCUUUGGGGUAAAGAUGGGAAGAAUCGCAAGCUGCGGUGCUCGGUUUAAUCUCGAGGUCGACAGUUCCCCGAUUCAGUGA